AUGUCUUCCAACCGCGGACGAGUACCGGGCCAAAGAAGCCCCCACGUGCUGGUCACGGACUCGCGCGAGCAACAAUCCCAACCACCCCGUCGACCCCCCGGGACACGAUUCAUCACUGUCGACAACGUGCUCCAGUACGCCUCAGAUGUCCCUUCCAUGCAACAGCGUCUUCCACCCCCGUCUACGACACAGUCCCGCCCGCGCUCGCGUCUAGCAUCCGCGACUGGAUUGAUCGGGGGAAGCGGAGGUGCAGGCGGUCCCGGCGCUGUCGGGAGCGGGAGCCGGUUGGCAAAUACCGCGGCGUCGAUGGGCCGACUUGCGGCGCAGCCGCGUCUGCCGCCGCGGACAACGAAGGUCAGCGAGAAGCUUGUGCUUCUUCCGGAGGCGGAGGGAGUAGAUGGGGGCGACUUGGAGGAGGAUGAGGAUGAAGAUGAGGAGGUGGACGAGGAAGUCGUGCAGAGGCUGGCGAAGGAGCGGAAUAUGGAUCCCGACUCCCUGCGACAGAGGCUGUUGACGCAAAAGAGGCUUGGGGGUGACUUUGGCGUCGACAAUGACAUUGCCCCGUUGCUGGCCGAGGAGGAGCUGCUGCGCCGUCGCAAGGUGGCGCCGGAAAGGGCUAAGAGCUAUGCGGAGCGGUUGCCCAAGGCCCGUCGCGCGGAGAAAUUAGCGCGCGUGACUGCGUACUGCACUGCUCAGGCCUAUAGGAUGAGCUCGCUGGCGGCGUUUGUCAAGGACAAGCAUGGAGGACGGACUAAACUCUACGAUGAUUGUCUGUAUACGGCGUACCAUCUGCCCUUGCUACCUGGCAACGAGGGAUACCGUGUGAGAAGCAGUCCGAUGGUGAAGAAGCCCGGCGGCAAAUCGCUCCUGGAUGAGGAAAUCGAGAGAAAUGAGCUCCGUGAUCGUCACGACGAUUAUAUCGUGGACGCAGAGGAGCAUUCCGUUGGCGGUGGCCGUGGAGACCACGGUGCUUCGCAUGAGGGCAACGAGACAUCAGGGUUAGAUGGCACCUUGAUCCAUAAGUUUGAUGACAACUCAUACCAUUCCGGAGACGAAUCGAACAGAGAGCCCAGCAGAGACUCGGACGCAGAGCACCGGCCCGCGCAAGCAUCCCCCGUUACCAUAACAGCGCCUACACGGCUUCCGUACGACGUCGCCGAGAUGUUCGUCUUCAGCUACGGCGUGGUGGUGUUCUGGAAUUUGACCGAAAGGCAAGAGAAGGAUCUUCUUGCGGACCUGGCAUUUGCGAACUCGUCCGCCACGGGUACCCGAACGCCGUUAGCAACCAUGCCUCUGGACGAAGAGGAUUUCGAGACAGAAGAGUUCCACUUCGAGUACUCAACUGAGAUUUCGCGCCCACGGGUAUAUAACGACAUGAUCACCCUGCGCAGCGGCGACCACAUGAUCAAACUGGCCAUCAGUCACGGCAUCGCGCAGAGCACCAAGUUGUGCUUCUUCGAAGAAGUCAUGGCCCGCCAGAUGGCCGAAGCAAAGGACAUACCGCGCAGACUGGCAAUGACGGGCCAGCUCGGCAUGAAGCGAGAAGAAGUCUUUCGCAUCUUAGGCAAGCUCUUCAAAAGCCGAGUGGAAGUCAAUCUAUCAUCAAACAUGCUCGACGUCCCCAAUUUCUUCUGGGAGAGCGAACCAACCCUCUACCCGCUCUACAUCGCCGUCCGCGAGUACCUCGAAAUCAAACCGCGCAUCCAGGUCCUCAACGAACGCUGUCGCGUCUUCCUCGACCUCGCCGAGAUCCUCUCCGACUCCAUCGCUGAUAACAAAACCUCCCAUCAAACCUGGAUCAUCAUCGUCCUGAUUCUCAUCUCCAUCGUUGUGACCAUCUCCGAGGUCUUCCUCCGUUUCGGCCUCCUCUCCUCCCGCGAUAAGGACGUGUCGUCCACUUCCUUCGCGGCUGCUUUGUUCUCCCGUGUUGCGAAUCGGGCGACCUGCUCGUGUCCCCCGCAGGGUGGAUUUGAUGUGAAUGCCUCCGGGCUCGGGAUUCAAUAUUCGUAA